AUGUCUACCAUCAUCAGGCACUACACUAGCACUUCCUCCUCUUCUAUGAAAGGGCCUGUAGGUUUUAGUGGGGAAAACCUGGCCCAUUUUGGUAGAGGGUGCCAUGCCCCUGGCAGUCAUAGUGGAGCUCGUGGUGUUUCAGUCUCUACUGCUCGCUGCGUCUCUGGGAUUGGAAAUACCUCGGGUGGUACUUAUGGGGGCAGCAGUUACUGCAGCACCUUUACUGGUGGCCUUGGUGGGGGCCUUGGUGGAAGCCUUGGAGGAGGAUUAACUGGUGGCUUUGUGGGUGGAAGUGGAAGUGAUACUCUUCUGACUGGGAGUGAGAAGGAAACCAUGCAGAACCUCAAUGAUCGCCUGGCUGCUUACCUGGACAAGGUGCGGGCAUUGGAGGAAGCCAAUGCCAGCCUGGAGGUCAAGAUUAAGGAAUGGUACCAGAAUCAGGCACCUGGUCCAGACCGUGACUACAGCCACUAUUUCAGGAUUAUGGAGGACCUGAGGAGCAAGAUUCUUUCUGCUACAAUUGGGAAUGCUGACAUCCUCUUGCAGAUUGAUAAUGCAAAACUGACUGCUGACGAUUUCAAAAACAAGCUUGAGACAGAACAGGCAUUGCGCAUGAGUGUUGAAUCUGACAUCAAUGGCUUGCGAAAUGUUCUAGAUGAUCUAACCUCAACCAGGAUUCACCUAGAAAAGGAUAUUGAACUUCUCACGGAGGAGUUGGUUCACUUGAAGAAGAAUCAUGAAGAGGAAAUGAGACUUCUUCAAAGCCAAAUGGGUGGAGAAAUCACUGUGGAAAUGGAUGCUGCUCCUGGUGUGGACCUGACGAAGAUCCUGGCAGACAUGCGAGAACAGUAUGAGAGCCUGGCAGAAAAGAACCGCAGAGAUGCUGAGCAGUGGUUCUUCACCAAGAUUGAAGAGCUGAAUCAAGAAGUUGCCAUCAAUACAGAACAACUGCAGAGUGGCCAAACAGAAGUCCUAGAACUGCAACGCAGCCUUCAAGGACUAGAGAUAGAUUUGCAGGCUCAGCUUAGCACGAAAGCAGCACUGGAAGGGACUUUGGCAGACAUAGAAUCUCGUUAUAGCAUUCAGCUUGCUCAGAUCCAAGGUCUUAUCAUCAAUCUGGAAGAGGAACUGGCUACCUUGAGAUGUGACAUGGAGCGCCAGAAUCAUGAAUACAAGAUUCUUCUUGAUGUCAAGACACGUUUGGAACAGGAGAUUGCUACCUACCGUCGUCUGCUGGAGGGAGAGGAAGCUUAUAUUUCUCCCCAGUACUCAUCAGACAUAGAGGGUAAGGAUCUAUCCAAAACUACCCGUCAGAUUCGCACAAUUAUUGAGGAGAUAAAAGAUGGAAAAGUGAUCUCGUCCCGUGAACAAGUUCAUGUCUCUGGGAAUUAA